UGAAUUCGGUCAGAUAACAGCGAUGAAAUAUAUGUCACCACGUCUCUGUUGUGCAUAGAGAUAGCGCCAUAUUGCUGAUUAAGAUAACUUUGAAGUCUCCUUAACACUGAACGUCUCACCUGACCAGGUGUACAUGUCAAGAGAGACAGCACAUCUAAACGGCGACUGGGGGCGAGUACCUGCCACCAAGAGAAAUAUUUUUUGGAGUAAGGAGGCUCAGAGAUACUGGUCUAAGGAGCCAUGUCUCUGUCUAAAAUCCUAACGGAAGAUUUCCUAACGUGCAGCAUAUGCCUUGAAAAGUUCAAAGAUCCCAAGGUCCUCGGCUGUACACAUACCUUUUGCCAGCAUUGCCUCCAAGACCAUUUGGACAGAAAUUUCCGAGGUCAGCCUCGCUUCCCUUGUCCUAUCUGUAGACGUCAAUGGGACCUCCCUGGGGGCGGUGUUUGCAGUUUACAAACCAACCAUCUUCUGGUCAGCAUAUCACACACACUUGAUCAAGUAGAAAAGGCAAAGAAUGCCAAAAAAUGCGAGGUAUGUAGCCUGAGAAAGGUCGGCAAUCCACCAACGGCAACAAAACGUUGUUUGGACUGUGAGGAAAGUAUGUGUGGUGAUUGUUCUUCGGAGCAUGUACUUCAUAAGUUAAAUCGUGACCACAAACUGUUUUCUGUCGACCAGUUUGACAGCGACGAAUACGCAAAAGAGCUUCGGGCCCAACAAAACAUCCUUUGUGACCACAACAACAAGGACCCCGUAGAAAUAUUCUGCCCAGUGUGUAAAAAGUUCAUCUGCGUUGGUUGUAUGGUUUUAGAACACAAAGAUCAUGAUUGCCUAAGAAUCAAAACUGCUGUCGCCAAACGCAAGGAAAAACUAGAACUCCUCGUUAGCCCCAUCGAGAAGAAACGUGCACUCUAUGAUCAGGUCAAAACCGCUGCUGAAGACCAAAAAUCAUCAGUAGAACAGGAAAGAAAAAAGGCAAAGAGCCAAGUUAACAAGCAAUUGGAGCUAGUAGUUAAGAUGGUCCGUCAACGUGCAGAGGAUCUUCUGGAAGAAAUAGAUGCCAAGUCGGACGCGAAACUAAAAGUUUUUAAUGCUUUAAUUGCAACUGCUACCGCCGACCAAAAGCAAGUGAACGACGUUCUAGACUUCUCGAGAAAGCUUAUUAACCAUGGGAACGAUAUGGAUAUCCUGCAAAUGGCCUCCGCCUGUGAGCAAAGCAGCAACAGCCUCCAAACUCUCGACAUCCCGAAACUGCCCGCAGCUUUGACCCAGCUACAGCUUAACACCAACGACAUGGAGGAGUGCGUUACCAGUGUCCACAGUUGCCUUGGAGACGUGGUUCCCGCUGCGAGUGGAAGACUAGUGAGAUCAUUCAAAAUAGAACUGGACAAAUUUCAUGAGGAGGUGAUCAGUCACGUGACCAUCGAUGCAAAUGGUGACACCCUUAUUGGUCUUUGGUGUGAUAAAGACAAUUUACGGAAUAGAAUCCAUAUCUAUGAUAACACCUUUGUCCUACAGGGCACAAUUCCAAACCCACGGGCAGCAGAAAAUGACGCGUUUGGUGGGAUUGCCAUUGAUGAUGAUGGUAACAUCGUCACUAGGUGUCAGGGGUCAAAUGAAAUCAUUGUCUACACCAAGACAGGGGACCAGGUGAGAACAUUCUACAGUAAAUCACCAGAGGCAGUAGCGGUCAACAGCAAGGGUCACUAUGUAGUGGCAGGCUGUUUUAAUCUGACUGUGCACCACAAGGAUGGCAAGGUCCUGCAGACGACACCAGACCCACGUGGUAAAUAUUUCAAAUACGUUCACUGUAACGUGAAUGACGACGUCAUAGUCUCAAAUCCCGGAGAUGGUCACAUUCGUGUGUACAAUUCCACUCUCAAGCUUAAAUACAAAUAUGGUACCCAGGGUGAUGGGGACGGACAGGUUAACGGUCCACGCGGCACAUGCCGCUUGAAUAAUGGAGACAUAAUUCUAGCAGACCUCAACAACCAUCGUUUACACCUGGUGUCACCGGAUGGGAAAUUCAAGUGUUUUCUCUUAAACAAAGAUAAUGGACUGCUCAAGCCGAAAGACGUCGCUAUUAACCAUCUUGGAAAACUGGUCGUCGGGGAAAGUGGAGGCCAUAUUAAAUUAUAUGAAUUAUGA